AUGGCCAUUUCUCAGACUUACCAUGACGCGGCGACAGCUUCGAUACCGCGCUUGAUGGUCGAAGACACUACCGCCAGCAACGAUGUGGCAGAGAAGCUGGAAGCGCCAAUCUUCUCGUACGGCAGUCACUUGACACCAGUGCAGACUUCCGCCUCACGACGAAGUCAGCUCACGCACACACGUUCACAUAUCGAUGGUCACAGCUACUACAGCAGUCGUCCCUCUGUGGACGAGAACCAUGUCAACGGCGGCAACAACACAAAAGCUGAAGAGGACUCUGCAGAUGAGAAAGGGUACAAGGAAGUUGUCUGGGACGGACCCGACGACCCAUUGAAUCCGAAGAACUUCCCAACCUGGCGCAAAUGGAUGAUCGUCUUGACAUUAGCACUGGGCUCAAUGUGUGUCACGCUUACCUCGUCGAUCUACACCACGACCUAUGACCAGAUGAACGCGGAAUUUGGCAGCUCUCGCAUCGUGGCGACAUUGGGUCUAUCGCUAUUUGUGUUUGGGUUGGGUCUAUCGCCGAUGAUACUUGGACCACUGAGUGAAUUCUUCGGUCGAAGACCUAUCUACAUCGUUGGGUUUUCAAUGUUCCUGGUCUGGUUGAUACCAAGUGCGGUGGCACAGAAUAUCCAAACAAUGCUAAUUGCGCGAUUUCUGGAUGGCUUCUCUGGCUCGGCUUUUUUAAGUGUAGCUGGUGGAACUGUGGGCGAUAUGUUUACAAAGGAAACGUUGUCGGCGCCAAUGAUGAUCUACUCCGCUGCUCCGUUCCUGGGUCCUGGUAUAGGUCCGAUUGUGGGUGGCUUUGUCAAUUCCAAUAUUCACUGGCGCUGGACUUACUACAUCCUCCUCAUCUGGGCUGGCGUCAUGCUUGUGGCGAUUUCUGUGCUGGUACCUGAAACGUACGCUCCAGCUGUGCUCAGAGUGAAAGCACGUAAGCUUCGAGCCGAGACUGGCGACGAGUCUUGGAAAUCGCAAUUGGAGGUCAGCGACAAAUCCAUUCUCCGGACCGUGAUGGUUUCUCUUUAUCGGCCAUUCCUGAUUUUAUUCCUCGACCCGAUGUGUUUUAGUCUUUGUCUGUUUUCCGCCAUUCUGUUGGGAAUUCUAUAUUUGUUCUUUGGGGCGUUUCCUUUGGUUUUCGCCAACGUGUACGGUUUCAACCUCUGGCAAAACGGUCUCGCCUUUUUGGGCAUAUUGAUUGGCAUGUUAAUAGGGAUCACCUCAGAUCCAAUCUGGCAUUAUCUGUACAUUCAUCAGCUGGACGUGCAUGAACGAAAACAUGGCGAGAGGGCGUCGGAGCCGGAAUACCGAUUGCCGUCGAGUGUGGUCGGAAGUUGGUUCUGUGUUGUUGGGCUGUUCUGGUUCGCAUGGACAAUCUUUUCGUCAAUUCACUGGAUAGUUCCUAUCAUAGGAACGGCAUUCUUCGGUACUGGCAUUAUCUUAACUUACGUAGGCAUCUUCACGUUUCUGGUCGAGGCCUUUCCAUUGUACGCGGCCAGUGCACUGUCGGCAAAUUCAUUCGCUCGAAGUUCCUUUGCCGGUGCUUUCCCUCUGUUCGGAAGGCAGAUGUACACGACUCUCGGCUUUCAUUGGGCGAGUACUUUGUUGGCCUGUUUGACUUUGGUGAUGGCGCCGUUUCCGUUUCUGUUCUAUGUGUACGGCAAACGGCUUCGAGCUAAGAGCCGAUUCAGCCCUUCUCAAACAUGA